UCGCUCUGUCUCUGUCGCUGCAGUCAGUCUUUUGUAUAAGUUCUACAGGAGCUAAUGUAGCACUGAAGGAGGACGGAUUGCUGUGUCUGAUUUACUGUGCAUACAGUGCAGUUAGAUAAGAAACAGCACUAGUUGUGUGUUUGGUUUUGGUUCCAGAUCGAGAGAUUUUUUCUCUCUCUCUCUUUUGUGAAUCAUAGAGUAGAAAGGGAAGUCAAAUCCUGAACACGAGCAGUGAUGAUCUAGAGUUCUUGAUCUGCGAGUUUUAUGUGUUGAUUUCUUUUUGUAAAGUGUCGUUUUAAAUCUAAUAAUCCUGGUCCUCUGGGGAGCGCGUGGAGAUCUCACUGAAUGGGAUGGUUUUAGUGACGUUGCGGCGCUCGCGCUCUCUCCUUAGCCACUGCGCGUGCGAUAUCCAGCUGCAUUACAUCAGUGCUCGGGCUGAGCGCGAGCGUGCUACAGAAGCGGAGUCCGGUGAUCUGAACGGGUCUCGGUGAACGGUGCGUGCGUGUGUGUUUGUGCGCACUUGUGGUUAGACUAUAAUAUUGACAUCAUCAUUAUCAUUAUACUGUAUUAGACAGCCCUACUGAAAGGCACGUGCAGUCCCAUGCGUGUGUGUUGACGCUCUGUGCAGACGCGUUCAUGGCACACCACUUCGUCCGCGCGCCACUACGCGUCUAAACUUGCACCGGGAAGCUCGUGCAGCGACACUCGUCUACAGGUUCCGCGGUCUCGAUGGCUGAGACAACAUCAUCCCCCGAGCCUCUGCCCGGAAUGGACGUGGCCAUAGACCCGGACUUUGAGCCCCAGAAGCGGCCGAGGUCAUGCACUUGGCCGCUGCCGGAGUCCAGCUUGGCGAAGCCAGAAGCCAACGCCACGUACAUCAUCCCUGAGGAGGAGGAUGAUGAUGAAGAGGAGAGUGCAAUGGCUGUCAGCGCGAACGGAGAAGAUGGCAGGCCUGAUGCGCAGAGCGGAGAUCAGGACCAGGACCAGGCGGGAUCGCAGACCCAGGUGGAGGCUAAAGCGCGCGCUGCUGAGGUGAACGGACAGGGGGUGCAGCAGCAGCAAACCCCACGCAAGUCCUCGUCGCGCAGGAACGCCUGGGGGAACCUGUCCUACGCAGACCUUAUCACGAAAGCCAUAGAGAGCACACCGGACAAAAGACUGACUCUCUCCCAGAUCUAUGACUGGAUGGUCAGAAAUGUCCCUUACUUCAAAGACAAAGGAGACAGCAACAGCUCGGCUGGCUGGAAGAAUUCCAUCAGGCACAACCUGUCUUUACACAGCCGUUUCGUCCGUGUCCAGAACGAGGGAACCGGAAAAAGCUCAUGGUGGAUGAUAAAUCCUGAAGGAGGAAGGGGAGGUAAAGCACCACGUCGCCGCGCAGUCUCCAUGGACAACGGGAACAAGUACACCAAGAGUGCACGAGGACGUGCAGCAAAAAAGAAGGCUGCGUUACAGGCUGCCCAGGAGGGAUCGAUAGAGAACGUGUCUGCUGGGGGUCUGUCCAAGUGGCCAGGUAGUCCUACAUCCCGUAGCAGUGAUGAACUGGAUUCCUGCUGGACUGACUUUCGGUCACGAACAAACUCCAAUGCUAGCACAAUAAGUGGCCGUCUGUCACCAAUCUUAGCCAAUCCAGAGUUGGAUGAGGUUCCAGACGAUGAGUUGGGCCCACCCCUCUCACCAAUGAUCUACUCCAGUUCCAACAGCCUUUCGCCUCCUUCUUCAUCCUCCUCAAACUCCAAGCAAUGCCCGGCUGAGCUUCCACGACUAGGCACGAUGAACCUCAAUGAUGGGCUAACUGACAACCUUAUGGAUGACCUCUUGGACAACAUAGCACUUGCACCAUCAACACAGGCAAGUCAAGAUGGCUCCACCUUUACAUUCGGGAGCACCACUUCCACUCCAGGCUCCUCCUCUUCCUCACCAAAUGGUGCCAGUAGUAGUGGAGGGUUUGGUAAUUCCAUUUUCGGCCCCUCUGCUGGAGCAUUAAGACAGACACCCAUGCAGACGAUCCAGGAGAACAAACAAGCAUCUUUCUCAAGCAUUUCUCGUUUUGGGAACACCACGCUUCAGGAGCUGCUAAACUCUGACUCACUGGGCUCCCACAGCCACAGCGAUGUCAUGAUGACACAGUCUGACCCACUCAUAUCACAAACCAGUGCAGCCGUUGCUUCUCAGAAUUCCCGUCUUCGCAAUGGCCUCAUGCACCCCAAAGACCCUAUGAUGCCAUCAUUCAGUUCUGGGUUCAAAGGUCAGAGCAGCCCUCUCCAGAACAACCGACAUCAUCAGGGCACCAACACCCAGGCAUCACUGCACUCGCUCCCCAAAAAUGGUCAUCCAAGCCUGGCGAAUGAGAUUAAUAACGUAGUUUCUGCCAAGCAGCAUCUUCAGCAGCAGUCCUCCAUCUUGUUAAGUGAGACCUCUGUUUACUCUGGGUUGAAUGGCAGUAACGGAAUGGGGGUUUCUGGAACAGAACGGUUUCCCACAGACUUGGAUUUGGACAUUUUCAACGCAAGUCUUGACUGUGACAUGGAUUCCAUAAUCCGCUCAGACUUAAUGGAUGCUGACGGUCUAGACUUUAACUUUGAUGCUUUGGUGCAAAAUAACGUCAGCCUGAACCCUGUUGGCAGCUUCAAUGGGACAACGCAGUCCAGUCAAAGCUGGGUUCCUGGCUGAAAGUGAUUUUAAAGGCUCACACCUGCAUUGCAAAAAAACAAAAAAAAACUACAACCCACAGACAAAUUUCCAUCCAUCAUGGACUCAUGCCAUCAAUUGCCAAGCCUGCCGCCACCAUCGAGCACUGGAACCUAUGUCUGUUUACAGUCGACAGCUCUGGAGAAUCUUACCUUAAGUACAGGAAACACACCAGAACCCACCAAGGAGUUUUUUGAUUAAACGAACACUCAUUUUUAAAGUCCUCCCCCAAACAAUGCCUAUCUUCGAAAUCACUUGAAAAUAGAAGGGUUUCGCGUGCUACGGAAAAAAAAAACUUCCUACGACUUCCUUGUGGUUUGUUGUCAAAUGUCAUCUUCAAGCACUUACACUUUAAUAACACAUUACUCAAACUGAGAGUGAAAAUUUACACACGAGUUUAAAUUUCAAAAGCAACACUCUGAGACUGAGUAAUGUUUCGACUCGGUGCACUUUGGGUUCCGCCUCCAGUUUCAGUUUUGAUCAGCGGCGUAAUCAGUUCCUAAUUUGACAUAGUAGCUUAAUAUCAGAACUGAAGUAAUACAAUAUUGUAGCACAGAAAUACAAGAAGAAAAAGAUUCCUUACUGUUUGUUUGUACUGUAUGUAACUAAAAAAAAAAAAAAGAAAGAAAAAGUUUUUAACUCGUAUGUAAAUGCUUCUAAGAGAGAGCUUAGCUGGUGGAAGGAUAAUGUUUAGCUAGUUGUAACACGACUUCUGGGCUAUUGCAUAUCAUUGUAGCCAAAUUAAGAACUUAAUAAAAAUGUUCUUGCAUUGUGAACAUUUCCACGCCAUACCAGGUGCUAAAUAAUCAGUGUUGGGCCAUGUGUGUGUUCCCAAGGCUUGAAGGACAGAGCAUACACAAUUACCAUAGCUUAUGGCAGCAUUCAGUGGUGGGUAGGCUUCCCCUGUAGAAAGCCAUCUUUACUGAGCAAAAACAAAUAAGCUAGCAUUUGUAUAUUUGCCAAAUUACUUGAACAUGUUGGAGAUAUGCUUUUAGCCAAAAUCACGUGGAAAAACACAGUUGAAUUUAGAGACUUCCUGUCUCUAUAUGCAAACUAUAUUAUCACCAUGGCUCAGGGUUGAAAAGGGGUUACCAUAAAAAAAUAAUAAUAAAAAAAGAAUUUUAACUAGAAAAAGUUCAGGUCCCCGCUCAGUUCUAACUGCAACCUGGUUCUAUACAGUUUCUUGACAGUGAAAAAUGUUAAGGGAAUGUGUGCAUUUCUACACAGGCAACAAGCUUCUAAAAACAGGAAGCGACAAAAGAAUUUCGGGGUGGGGUUUUGUUUUGUGUCUCGAAUGAGAUUUUGUUGUUUUGGAAAGCUUAGCUUUUCUUACAGUUGUAUAAAAAAUCUGAUGAAAUCCCCAGUGUUGUGUGUUGUCUCGCACCACUAUGCAUGUAUGUAACUGUGCAUUGUGUGAAUAAUGUACAAACAUCCUGCUUCGAGUCAUGUAACGUUGUGAUGGCACAGUACAAGUAUUGAAAAUGCUGUGAGAGCGCUUUGGACCACUCGAGAUUAUAAAAUACCCUUAGAUCCAAAAAGUCAAAAAAGUAGUCUCCAUGUACACAAACUCCAGGUAAUAGUUUGUAGGUGUUGUGAAAAUUUUAAUGUGUGUCGUCUUCUUCAUGGACGUUCUUAUUUCUUACAUUAACAUACCAGAAAAGUCCAUAAGAACAAAUUCAACCUUAGAUUAAUCAUGGGCCUGAUUUAUCAAUCUUUUAACUGAAGUCCUGUGUGUAUAUGGACACACCCCAGCUUCAAAUUCCGGACAUAUUUACACAAAACGUCCCGUAAGACUGAUUUUCCUUUGUACUCACAAGCGUUUGUUGAUAAAUACCAGCCAGGACAUUCAUGGCACAGCUGAGUUUCAUUGAGCGACGCCCACAAAACUCCAUAAUAGGGAAAGCUUAUGGAGGAUAACGAGGUGAAAAGGAAGAAAAUAAGUUAGAAGAUAUUUUAGGCUCAUAUUGACACCAAUGAAGCAGGAUGCAUAACACCUGAUAAAGACCAAAAUGCAGGGAUAAGUAAAAAUGAAAACAGAUGGAGGAAAAAUAUAUAUUGUCUCUGUCUUUGAAUCAAUACACCCUUUUAGAAAUGCAUGAGGAAACCCGAUUGAUGAAUUCAAGAAGAAACCGAUAAUGGCACAUAGCACGCUGGGGAAUAUCAUGCUCGGAGGACGUCAAGACCUAUUCGAGAUCAGGUAUUUAUAUUAUGUCUGUUUGAAAUAGGAAGAAAUCCCAAGCAGUGACAACAACUCGAGACAGGAAUGGCACAAGGUUGAAUUAUCCAGCUUUUAUUCUUGAGGAAAAAAAUGAAACCAAUAAACUAAUGUUAAUUCGUGAGUUCAUAUCCAGCUUGAUAAAUGAGGCCCAUUGCUUGGAAAAUCGCACAAAUUUACCCAUAAAAAAAUAUAUAUAUAUCUUUUAAUUGGCCCUAGCUCUUUAGAACAACCUUGCAUGUGUUCUGCUUCUUCUACUACUUUUUCUUUUUCUAAUUAUGACUUGUUUCUAGGUGGGAGAACAUGACACCACCUCAGUUAUAUUCCAUGGGAAUGAUUGGUAUCCCAGCCAGCCCUAAUAACCUCCCAAGUCCACGGUGUUAUGUAUACGUCCAUGCUGAGAAUCAGACACGAUUACCACUAUCGUAAUCUCUUCCUGACUUUAUCCCGCCUAUUAUCUUCGUCCCUUGACCCCUUGUCCACUUGACCCCUUGAUCCUGUAGUAAUAACUUCUCUCCUUGAUGUUAGUGGGUAUUUUUAUUCCUGUGUACUCCAUUUUGAAUUGCAAUCUAGUUUGUAUAAAAAUGGUGCGCAUGUAAAUAAAGCUUGAUUGAGCUCUA